AUGAGCACAAUAUUUUUGUUCGAGGAUGGGCAUGGAAAUGUCGUUGAUGAGAAUGGUGGUCCUGAACCCAUGGAGUACAUUGUUGAUCAGGAUGAAUUUGUUGUUGAGACGAUUGCGACUCACAGUGAGUACUUGGAGCAUGCUACCUCUGGUGGGUUAUCUCGAGGUUGCCCAAUGCUGAUAGAAAGGCCAAAAGAUGAAGACAUUCGAAUGAAGGAGGCUAAUGUCAAACGUGAUUAUGUGCGUUAUACCAUUCAAGAUAAGGUUAGAUUUUUCGACCUGAAGAUUGAAAAGUGUAUGAGCGCCUCAGCUGCAGCGAAGCAGUUGGGCAUUCACAUUCGUACCGCGCAGAGAUGGGUGAAGCAAUAUAACGCGUGUCCUGAUAGCAUUUUUGAGAGUCGUAAGCAGGUUGGUCGUAAAUGUAUUUUGACUGACGAGCAUAAGUUAGCUGUUGUCGGCUUCAUUGAUGCAAACCCAUCUGCUUCUGUUGCUGAAGUGACUGACCAUUUGUUGAGCCGCUUCGAUGACCUGAAAGUUUCGCGUAGCACAGUUUAUAAUUUCAUGAGAAACGAAUGCAAUCUUUCCUUGAAGAAGGCUGACUUUCAUUCCAUCGAAAGAAACAGUCAAGCGAAGAUUGAGGAGCGGUACGAUUGGGUUCGCAAAUGGGAAAACACAGACAUGAACUUUUUGACGAAUUGUGUGUUUCUUGACGAGUCGGCCUUCGAUAUCAAUAUGAAACGGUCAAGAGCUUGGUCUAGAAAAGGUACGCGUGCUAUUGUUACCCGGCCAACAACGAGAGCAACAAACACGACGUCUAUAUUAGGUGCCAUCUCUGCUGCAGGAUUGAUCAAUGUUGGUGUAAAAAAACCGAGACCUGCCAAGAAGAGAAAGGCUGAAGGAUAU